AUGAAGACCCAAGGUGGGACGCAGGGAGAGUGGAGCAAUGAAGGGAGAGCCAUCAUGCAGCAGCAGGUCGUGGCCAAAUCCCGGCGACAAGCUUUACAGAGAGCUGGUUACCUGUGUCAUGCUCAGUCCUCUUCCUGCCUUUCCAUGACAGAGGAACUUUUCUUAUAUGCUGCAGAAUAUGGCAACAUUCCUCAAGUGAAGCGGAUGCUGGAGGAGCUGCCAGACCUCAAUGUCAACUGUGUGAACUACAUGGGCCAGAAUGCAUUGCAGCUGUCAGUUGCCAAUGAACAUUUAGAGGUCACUAAGCUACUUCUUAGGAAGAAAGACCUCGCUAGAAUAGGAGAUGCUUUGCUGUUAGCCAUCAGUAAAGGCUACAUCCAUAUAGUGGAGGCCAUACUGAGUCACGAGGCCUUUGCAGAUGGUAAGAGGCUGACUAACAGUCCUAGCCAGGUGGAGACACAUGAUGACUUCUUUGCUUAUGAUGAGGAUGGCACACGUUUCUCUCGUGACAUCACACCCAUCAUCCUGGCUUCCCAGUGCCAUGAAUAUGAAAUCGUGCAUAUCCUUCUUAUGAAAGGGGCCUAUAUAGAGCGGCCUCAUGACUACUUCUGCCAGUGCAAGAUCUGCACCCAACAGCAGAGGAAUGACUUAUUUAGCCAUUCACUGUCCCGCAUCAAUGCAUAUAAAGGUCUGGCCAGUCCAGCAUAUCUGUCACUAUCCAAUGAAGACCCUGUGAUGGCAGCAUUGGAGCUGGGCAAUGAGCUUGCAGUUCUGGCCAACAUUGAGAAGGAGUUCAAGAAUGAUUACAAGAAACUGUCCAUGCAGUGUAAAGACUUUGUGGUGGGACUCCUAGAUUUGUGUCGAAACACAGAGGAAGUGAAGGCUAUCUUAAAUGGGGACGCUGAAUCAUGUCAAAUUUCUGAAACCUUUGGCAGACAAAACCUUCUCAGGUUAAAACUUGCAAUAAAGUAUGAAGUUAAAAAGUUUGUGGCACAUCCAAACUGCCAACAGCAACUUCUGUCCAUCUGGUAUGAGAACUUGUCUGGAGUACGUCAGCAAACCACAGCCGUUAAAAUCCUUCUUGUCCUUGGUGUAGCUGUUGGGAUGCCUGUCCUGGCUUUUAUGUGCUGGAUAGCACCAUCAAGUAAGUUAGGGAAACUUAUGUGUGGACCUUUCCUGAAGUUUGUGGCCCAUGCAGCUUCCUUUAUGAUAUUCCUUUGCCUACUGGUCCUAAACGCGGCAGACCGAUUUGAUGGAACAUCGCUGCUGCCUAACAUGACCACCCAUGAUCACCCCUCACAACUGUUUCGUAUGAAGACCACCCCCUUCACCUGGAUGGAGAUUCUAAUCAUAUCCUGGGUCAUAGGGAAGAUCUGGGAAGAAUGUAAAGAUAUUUGGUCGCAAGACAUCCGGGAAUACAUUUCAGAACCCUGGAACCUUCUUGAUUUUAGUAUUUUGGCCAUUUUUAUGACCUCUUUCGUUGCCAGAUUAAUGGCUUUCUGGCAUGCAUAUUCUGCACAAUGUUAUGUUGACAAGCACUAUACUGACCUGUCCAACGUGACUUUGCCCUCUGAGAUACAGUAUUUCCAGUUGGCUCGAAUCAACUGGGUGUCCUCAGAUCCGCAGCUUAUUUCUGAAGGCCUCUAUGCAAUUGCAGUUGUGCUGAGUUUCUCUCGCAUUGCAUACAUCCUGCCUGCCAAUGAGAGCUUUGGGCCUUUGCAGAUCUCACUGGGAAGAACAGUAAAAGACAUCUUUAAGUUCAUGGUGAUUUUCAUAACAGUUUUUGUGGCUUUCAUGGUGGGAAUGUUCACUCUGUACUCAUACUACCUCGGAGCCAAGCACAACGAUGCCUUUACAACGCUCGAAGAGAGUUUUAAAACCUUAUUUUGGGCCAUUUUUGGCUUGUCAGAGGUGAAAUCAGUGGUCAUUAACAUUGACCAUAAGUUCAUUGAGAAUAUUGGCUAUGUUCUGUACGGGGUGUACAACAUCAUCAUGGUGAUUGUCUUGCUGAAUAUGCUCAUUGCCAUGUUCAACAGCUCCUUCCAAGAAAUUGAGGACGAUGCUGAUGUUGAGUGGAAGUUUGCCAGAACUAAGCUCUGGUUCUCGUACUUUGAGCAUGGUGGCACACUGCCUGUACCCUUCAACCUCGUACCCAGCCCCAUGUCUGUUGUUUCCCUUUGGCUGGGGAUAAGGGAAUAUUUCUGGGAUGUACCUCAAGGCAAAAGUAAAGAAAAUUCAAAAGAUGAGAUGGAGCUUAACAAGCUGAGGCAACAGGAAAAUCUGAGUGCAGAAGCAUCCCUUUGUCCAACACGUCAUCAAAAAACAAUGAAUCACCUCAUCAAAAGAUACAUCUUAAAAGCACAAAGAGAUAAAGACAAUGACGAAGUAAAGGAGGGUGAACUGAAAGAGAUCAAACAGGACAUCUCCAGUCUCCGCUAUGAGCUGCUGGAGAGGGGAAACCAUGACAUGGACACACUGGCAAAGCUCAUCGGGCAACUGGGAGAAGUCAUGCAUGUCCAGCAGAAAUAAGAGCUCUGUUACACUAAUAUGCACUACUGA